UCGCCCGGCCCCGCCGCCGCCGCCGCGCGCUGAAAGUGACCCUGGCCGGGCUGGGCGGCCGCGGGGCGCGCGCCAGGCACCAUGACAGAAGAUGACCGAGGCGGCGCUGGUGGAGGGCCAGGUCAAGCUGCGGGACAGCAAGAAGUGGAAGAGCCGGUGGCUGGUGCUGCGCAAGCCGUCGCCGGUGGCAGACUGCCUGCAGUUACUGGCCUACAAGGAUCGCCUGGACCGAGUCAAGGGCCUCCGGGAGCGAAGCAGCAUCACCCUGGAGGCCAUCUGUGGCUUGGAGCCAGGGCUGCAAUUCGAGGGCCUGACUCAUACCCUGGCCAUCGUGUGCCAGCCCCAGGCCGUCAUGCUGGGCUUCGACAGCCGCGAGGCCAUGUGCGCCUGGGAUGCCCGCAUCCGCUACGCACUGGGCGAGGUGCACAGGUUUCCAGUGACAGUGGCCCCGGGCACCAAGCUGGAGAGCGGCCCGGCCACGCUGCACCUGUGCAACGAUGCACUGGCACUGGCGCGGGACGUGCCCCCCGUGGUGGGCGGCCAGUGGCGGCUGUCAGAGCUGAGGCGCUACGGAGCAGUGCCUGGAGGCUUCAUCUUCGAGGGCGGGACCAGGUGUGGGUACUGGGCUGGCGUGUUCUUCCUGUCUGCGGCCGAGGGUGAGCAGAUCAGCUUCCUGUUUGACUGCAUCGUGCGUGGUGUCUCCCCAUCCAGGGGCCCCUUCGGCCUGAGGCCACUGCUCCCAGAUCCUGGGCCUGGGGUCACACAGGACCGAGUGGCCCAGGAGACCCUGGAGGCCCUGCAGCUGGAGAAGCGACUGAGUCUCCUGUCACAUGCAGGCAGGCCAGGCAGUGCAGGAGAUGACCGCAGCAUGUCCAGCUCGUCCUCGGAGACCAGCCACUCAGAUGUUGGUGCAGGCAGCCGGCUGGCCACAUGGCCAGAGUCCACCUCCGCUGGCACAUUGCAAGAGGGCCCUGGGGAGGCGUCCCCUGGCACUUCCCGGCCACUCCCCCACCCGCUGCGGCUGCGACCACUGCAGGACGUAGGCCGGCAGGGUUCCUCGGACAGCGGCAUCGCCACAGGCAGCCAUUCGUCCUGCUCCGGCAGCUUCUCUUCAUGUGCAGGCAGCAGCCUGGAUGUGUGGCAUGGGGCAGAAGAGCAAGGCUCCCUGCUCAGCCUUCCACCGGGCCCUGGGCUGUGUGCCUGCCCGCCGGCUGCCACUGAGUACCAGGUGCCCAGUGGGCUGCGAGCCCACUAUGACACGCCACGCAGCCUGCGCCAGGCCAUCGGGGACCAGAGCCCAGCUGAGCAGGGGGGCCCUGAAGGAGAUGAGGUACCCAGGGACUCCAGCUGUCCCCCUGGCUGGUUGGGUGCAAGAUGCCUGGGGCAGGCCACGGAAGCAUCGUCACCAGGAAGCUCGGCCCUGGGUGAGUCUUGGGAAGUGGGGGGCCACCAGGCCGGGCCCCCUCCAGGACUUUUUUCCAUCUGUGAUGUGUGUGGAGGCCUCAAGGUAAACCCCCCUCCCUGAAGGGUGGGAGGGGUGGUUGUAGGGCAUGGCUGUUGGUCCAUGAAGCUAGUGACCACAGCUUGGGGCACAGGGCAGCCCUCUCACGGUGCCCACAAUGGGAGAGAGCCCCUGGGUGGAGCCAGAAGUGCUUUUCUGGGGAGCUGGGCAGGCAAUGUUACACACAGUGGAUGUGAAUUGGCCCAAUGUGUGCGUGGACAUUCGGACCAGGGGUGAAGCUUCCCUCCUCCCUCCACAGAGCACGGACUGAGGCUCAGGGGUAUCUCGUGACUCUGGGACUCUCCCAGCUUACCCAGGCCAGCCUUUCCUGGGACUUGAACCCCAGCUGGGGGUAGCUAUGGAAUAGGGCUGGGUACAUAGAGCCAGGUCUCCUCUUCUCUGCCUGCAACCCCUGCCCAGGCUGUAUAGGAUGUGUGGGGGCACUAAGGUGGUGUCUGCCAUCUGGAGGCCAGGGCUGGGCAAGGCAUCUCAUGUGCUGCCAAGCCUGACUGGUCGGGCUGUGACCUUGGAGCUCUGCCAGGAUGCCUAUUUGUAGCCUGACCCUGGGCCCUGGCAUCACCGGCCUGGGUCACACUUGCCCACCGAUCUCAGCAUCAGUGGACCCCCUGCCUCCGGUGACCACCCUGUGCUUCCGUGGUGCCCCUCGGACUGGAAAUAAAACCUUUCUUACCA